AUGGAGAAUUUCUCGCAUCUUCAAGGUGCCAGUGAAUAUAGCUACAACCCAGCCAACGACGACGACGAUGGUCUGUCCCUUGUUUCUGGUAGUACCCGGGCUGCUGGCCACCCAGACCGACACCAGGACGAGGCUGACGGCCAAUCCGCAAUCGAUGAGAUCAACUUCGACGAGCUGAGCCUGCUGGAUGCCAACCCCGAGCCGACUCGGAGCCGCCAUCAAGCCAAUAACUCGUCGGCUUAUGAUCAUCAAUCACAUCCCGAGUCCACCGCCGAGCAGUCCUCGAAAUUCAACCAGGCCGAGGCCGAGGCCGAUUUCGAAGACGUCUUGGACGACCUCAAUCGAGAGUUACCCAGUCAUGCCUGUGCUUACUGCGGAAUCCAUUCCCCCUCGUCGGUUGUCAAGUGUUUGAUAUGCUCCAAAUGGUUCUGCAACUCGCGUGGAGGCCCGGGCGCUCAUUCGACUGGCUCCCACAUCGUCAACCAUCUCGUCAGGGCAAAACACAAGGAGGUCUCCCUUCAUGCUGAUGGCCCGCUGGGGGAGACCACGCCAGAGUGCUACAAUUGCGGAUCCAAGAACGUCUUCACCCUCGGCUUCAUCCCAGCCAAGUCAGACACGGUGGUCGUGCUACUGUGUCGACAGCCAUGUGCCUCGACCCCUUCAUCGAAAAGCGACCUGGUUUGGGAUACUUCCCAAUGGUCCCCGUUGAUCGAGGACCGGCAGUUCCUCUCCUGGCUCGUCAAAGUUCCCGACGAGCAGGAAGUCGUCCGCUCUAAGCCCGUCGGCUUCCGCGAAAUCACCCGGCUCGAGGAAAUGUGGAAGGAGAACGCGACGGCCACCUUGGACGAUCUGGAACGGGACGGCGCCCUCGGCGAGGGCGAGCCUCAGCCGAUCCUCUUGAGAUACGAAGACGCCUACCAGUAUCAAAACAUCUUUGGCCCGCUCGUCAAAAUCGAAAGUGAUUACGAUCGAAAGUUGAAAGAAAGUCUCACUCAGAACGACGUGACAGUCCGAUGGGAUAUGGGUCUCAAUCAGAAAAGGAUUGCAUACUUUUACCUUCCCAAACUUGAAAGCGGGGAAGUCAGGUUGGCCGUGGGCGAUGAGUUACGAUUGCGGUAUGCUGGGGAACUCCAGCAAGCUUGGGAGGGUCCUGGCCAUGUAAUCAAAGUCCCCAACAAUCAAUCUGAUGAAGUAGCGCUCGAGUUGCGACGAAACGAGGGUGUACCACAUCAAUUAACUGUGAACUUUUCGGUCGAUUUUGUUUGGAAAUCAACUUCAUUUGAUCGAAUGCAGAUGGCCAUGAAGACCUUUGCAGUUGAUGAUCAAAGUGUCAGUGGAUAUAUUUAUCGCAAGUUGCUAGGACACGAAGCUACUGUCCCCCAAGUGCUCAGAACGCAGAUGCCCAAGCGGGUGUCGGCUCCCAACCUUCCUGAGCUCAAUCAUUCUCAAGUUAGUGCGGUGAAGAGUGUUUUACAAAAGCCCCUAAGUUUAGUUCAAGGACCGCCUGGGACGGGCAAGACUGUCACCUCAGCUUCGGUGGUUUAUCAUUUGAGCAAGAUGAAUCCCGGUCAAGUGCUAGUCUGUGCUCCCUCUAACGUGGCAGUAGAUCAGUUAACUGAAAAAAUCCACCUGACCGGCCUCAAAGUCGUCAGAGUCCAAGCCAAAUCGCGAGAAGCAAUCGAAAGCUCGGUUCAAUAUCUCACUCUCCAUCAGCAAGUGGCCAACAACGACACCCAUCCCGACCUCCAGAAACUCAUUCAACUCAAAGCUGAACAGGGUGAAUUGAGCAGCACGGACGAGCGGAGAUACAAAUCCCUGACUCGAUUGUGCGAGCGUGAGAUCUUGACCACCGCCGAUGUGAUUCUUUGUACCUGCGUGGGAGCAGGUGAUCCUCGAUUGGCCAAAAUGAAAUUCCGGACGGUCUUGAUUGAUGAAGCAACUCAAGCGACUGAACCAGAAUGCAUGAUCCCAUUAACUCUGGGCGUCAAGCAAGUGGUCAUGGUCGGCGAUCAUCAACAACUUGGCCCGACGAUCAUGAACAAAAAGGCGGCGCGGGCUGGGUUGACUCAGUCGAUGUUUGAACGCCUAGUCCUCUUGGGUAAUCGGCCGAUCAGGCUGCAAGUCCAAUAUCGAAUGCAUCCCUGUCUUUCAGAGUUCCCGUCGAACAUGUUCUAUGAAGGCUCUUUACAGAAUGGAGUGACUGCGCCCGAGCGGAUCAAGAAAAACGUGGACUUCCCGUGGCCCCAGCCGACGACGCCGAUGUGUUUCCACUGCAACUUGGGCCAGGAAGAGAUCUCGUCCUCUGGGACCUCGUUCCUCAACCGAACCGAGGCCUCCAACGUCGAGAAAGUCGUCACCCGGUUCUUCAAGGCGGGUGUCCUUCCGAGCCAGAUCGGCAUCGUCACCCCAUACGAAGGUCAACGCUCCUACAUCGUCACUUAUAUGCAGUCCAAUGGUACGUUGAAGAAGGAGCUCUACAAAGACAUCGAAGUCGCUAGUGUCGACGCCUUCCAAGGGCGUGAGAAAGAUUACAUCAUCCUCAGUUGCGUGCGAAGUAACGAUCAUCAAGGGAUCGGUUUCCUCAAUGACCCCAGGCGGCUUAACGUUGCACUCACAAGGGCUAAGUAUGGAGUUGUUGUCCUGGGAAAUCCCAAAGUGUUGAGCAAGCAUGCCCUAUGGCACUUCCUUCUCACCGCUUACAAGGAGAAGUCUUGCUUGGUCGAAGGGCCAUUAAACAACCUCCAACCGAGCUUGGUCCAGCUUUCUAAACCUCGGAAGCCCCUCGAUCGGGCCGAUCCCGUCAAUCGUUUCGAGCCUAACCCGCGUGAACUUCCACCUCUAAGUUAUAGUAGGAAUGGUCCUGGUGGUACACCGACUCGAUUCGACCAAUCGUUUUAUAAGACCGUCGACUCGUUUUCGAUUCCUUCGGAUGCCCAAUCUGUCCGAUCACAAGCGACGUAUGCCUCGGGGCUCCCCCCGUUCAGUCUGCCGAUUUCGCGGAGCAUGGGCUAUCCGAAUGGGAGCAAACGAGGCGGAGGGGGUAUGGGGAGUGUUGUGGGGGUCGGGGGGAGCAGCUAUGCCUCGUCGAUGAUCUCGCAAGACCUGCAGUCGCAAGACUCGCGGAGCAUGCGGGGCGGAGACGAUGCGAGCUCUGUGGCUGACAGCAUGGCGGACAGCGUUGCGGCCUAUUCGCAGGCCGACAGAUUGUUGACCGGGCGCAGUCGAAACGACCGCACCGGCAUGGACUAUCGUGGCCCGGGCGCAUCUGGCGGCCUCGGCCCGGGCGGGAUCGGCGGGAGCAAGAACUUCCGGAUGGACGACGACGAUGCGCGCAGCUUGAUCUCGAUCCAAAGCAGCUCGAUCACCGACUUUUGA